AUGCAGCUGCCACUGACACUGGAUUGGCAACCUAGAAAACGAUUUAGAAUUACCUUGGUAUGCAACGUCUGUAAAAUUCGAAAAGUCAAAUGCGAUCGAAAAUCUCCAUGUACUUCUUGUAUCAAACAUAACACGGGCCACAUGUGCAACUACGACGAACAAAUAUGGAUAUCACAGCUUCCGCAACGGGAUAACGGUGUAAUACUUGGUCUUAAUAAUAAUAUCAUUUAUAGUAAUAGUAAUAAUAAUAGUAGUAAUAACUCUAACAACAAUGGCUCGCCCAAUGUCACUGCAUCUCCUCCCAUACAAUCAGAAGUGAAAGAGCUUCGAGAUAAGUUAUCGAGAUUGGAGAGGUUGAUAAUUACCACAAACCAAGCUAAUCUUAAUGAAAUUGUAGAUGUGGAAAUUGCACUUGAAAACUUCAAGGAUUUGAGAUCCGUUAUAGGUAUAAACCCCAUAGGUACAAGUGAAGAUACUUUAAACUUGUACUCGAACUUUGGAACCAUCCGUACAGAUAAAAGCGAAUAUUCGAAACGAAUAGACUUUGCACCCUUUACCUUCCAUGGAUUGUUGAGGAGGGAUCCAAGCUUGCUUGAUGUAUGGUACUAUAUUACUCAGAAACGAGCCAAUUUAAAGAAGAAGCAGAUAGACAAUGGAGCUGCGUCGACUCCAUUCGAAAUGCCUAAAUUAAAUGCCAAAUCAGUUGCUAACAGCAAACUGUCUAACCAUAAGAGCGUUCUAAUGAAAAUUCGGCGCUAUCUGGAACGAAAAUUUAACCAAAAGAAGUUUUCCUCUUCCAUUACCAGCCCUGGAAUACUCUUGCAAUCAUCUUCACCAGGAGCAGAGGGUUCUGCAUUAUCUGCUAACGAAGAGAGUUUAUUCUUGCCGCCUAACGAGACUAUAUGGAUGUAUAUUGAAAAUUUCUUCUUGAAAAUCUAUAAAUAUUUUCCAUUUGUUGAUGAAGACGACUUCAGGGAGAAUAUUAAGAGGAUUUUGGAAGGAAGGUCGAGUUCACAGAUACGAAAACUUCAAGAUAAGAAGGACUUUGCAAUAUUGGGCCAGUUAUACAUUAUACUAAGAAUUGGCUAUUUAUCUAUGGUGUCACGGGCUGAAUAUGGAGAAUUUCAAAGAUCUCAAAACAGUAUCAAUAGUGUGACGUCAGGUAGCCCUUCUUCUUCAUCGUCGUCCUCGCCUAUUCCGAACCGUUCGUAUUCCCUAUACCCUAUUGGAGUUGAAUACGUUGAUUAUGCUAAAAGAUGCUUAAAUUGCUUCGAUUUAUUGCAACCUGUUGAUAUUAAUAUCGUGCAAUUUUGCUUAUUAUUAUGCUCAUACUUGAAACUUGCACCCGAGGACGGCGAGGGCCCAGAUAGAAACCAAUUUCAGAUAUUCCUAGGAACCUUGGUGCAAAUGGCAUUCAGUAUUGGCUUGAAUCGAGAUCCCAAUAAAUUUCAAGAGUUUGCUGUAAGUGAAAGUCAAAAUCAUCUUCGAAGGAAAAUAUGGAAUGAAAUUGUAUUACUUGAUCUAUAUUCAUCUACAUUAUUUGGAAAUGCGCCUAAUAUUCAAAGGAGGUAUUAUGAUACAAUUUAUCCUUACUAUAGCAUUGGAUGCGAGGGGAUUUCUUCAAAUCCUCCUUUAGAAAGAGAAAUUAUUGAAAUUCACAAGCCAAGAGAAAUAUUAAUCCAAAAAACAAAACAAAUGGUGGAGUCAAUAUUGGAAGUAAAUGAAGAAGUUAAAUUGAGAACUCUUUCAAACUACUUGAGUGAAAUGGAAAUAAUUUUGCACAAGGAAUUUGGUUUUUUACCAAAUUAUAACGAGAACGAUCUCAGCCAUAAGCUAAACAUGAAUUUGUUUAUUCAGCUCAGAAUUUUCCAUACUUCAUUGUACUAUGAACUAUUUUUGUACUAUGAACGUGAGAAGAACGUUGAGUUGAUGUUCUUUUACUUCAAGAAAACCAUAUGCGUAAUAAUAGAAGAAUACGCACCCCUAGUAUUCAAUUUGGCGAUGAAUGGUGGUAAAGAUUCCAAGGGGACAGGAGGCGACAAAAUUACACCUGAGAAUUUGAUGCUAUAUCCUGGUUUGGAACAGUUGGUGCAUAGAAUGAACGGAAUACUCUUCUCAAUUAUUGUUAGAAUCAAAUAUACUCUUCGAAUGCUUUUGACCGAUAACACUUCAAAGAGUGAGGCAGAAAUGAGAGCGUACUGCAAGGAAUUGGAAAAGUUAGGGUACUUGUUGAAAGUCACUGUAAAAGGAGCUAUUGUUGGAAUUUCACAAAUCAGCGACAUGUAUUGGUUUGCAUGGAGAAUAGCCAAAGCGCAUAGCUAUAUAUUCAACGUCAUCACAGCGGACGAGUACUACUCAAGUAUCGACGAAUAUGAACGAGAAAAAUCUUUACCGACGAUAAUAUUUUCUUUGGCUCAAAUUAAAGAAGCGAGAACUAUGAUUGACCAAUGCCUACUGAAAUAUCGUAGAAGAGGAAUUGGUAGUCAAUGGAGUGUUGUAUCAGAUGUGAGUGAGGCGACCACAAGCGAGGAUGCCCAAGAAAAUGAUGAAAUAAGUACCUCAACCAUUCUGGACCUUAAUUUUAAUACCGAUAUUGAUGACGUUUGGAAUAAUUCCAAUUUUAAUAAUAUUCAAAAUCACUUUGGAUUAUCCAAUGAGGAUUUCACCUACGUUUUAGAACUGAAGGAGUUUAAGGAUGUGAUGGAGAACUAUUUCGACCUCGACGAGCCCCUUUUCAAUACAUUUGGACAAUUUACGACUGAUACUUAG